AUGAAGUUCUUCCAGGUUCUAUUUCCGCUUGCAACCCUUCUGGGCCAGAUCAACGCAGCCCCCAAACCCCAGAGCAGCAAGCCUCCAUAUUUUAUCCUCACAGGAGAUUCCACCGUUGCCGUGAAUGGGGGAUGGGGCGAUGGCUUCCUUCGCGAUCUGAGAGAACCCGCUGCUGGAAUCAAUCCCGCGAAAAGCGGAGCAACGACGGUCUCAUUUAGAGCGGACGGAAGAUGGGCUGGAGUGCUGCAAAGCAUCGCAGACAACUUGGAGGAAUUCAGGCCGAUUGUGACCAUCCAGUUCGGGCACAACGACCAAAAGGUUCUGACUCUGGAGGAAUACCAGAGCAACCUUACAAGUCUCAUUACAGAAGCUAAGGAUGCUGGUGCAACUCCGAUUAUCAUCACCUCGUUGACUCGUCGUCGGUUUAGCGGAGGCUCCGUCAUCCAAAACCUAGAGGAGUGGCGCCAAGCAGCAAUCGCCACCGCAGAGGAGAACUGCAUCAAAUGGUUGGAUUUGAAUAUCGCGAGCACAAACUACGUCAAUGCCAUUGGUUCGGAGAACGCGACGUACUAUGACCUGAGCAGCGGAGACAAGACGCAUCUCAAUGUCGCUGGCGAGACAGUCUUUGCCCGAAUGGUGGCCGACCUCCUUUUAGAGAAGCGGCCUGAUCUCAACCCUUUCAUCAUCCCCAACAAGGCUCUCAGUGAUAAGAUUUGGGCUGGCGAGUUUGCCACGGGCGACGAGUAA